AUGUUGCGCCCAGAUCAUCUGUUUCUGCACGACUUGACGAAUGCGCAUCAUCAGGACCUGUCGCGGAAUGUGGAGGAGUUGCAGCACGGUCCCGAAAGACGGAGCAGCGAGCAGCUGCCGACUUCUUCCACGUGCCUUGGGGGCCUCCAGGUGGAAAACCUGCCCGUCGCACAGAUCUGUGCCAUGCUGAAGACGGAUUCUGAACGUGGCCUUACCGAGGAGAUGGCCCGCGCUCGACUCUCGAAGGACGGCCCGAAUCAACUGCAGCAGCAGCCGAGGCUUGGGUUGGUGAUGCUCUUUCUCCUGCAGCUGACCAGCUUCCUGAUCAUGCUGCUCCUGCUGGCGGCGGCUGCCUCGGUGGUGGUCAACGUCACCAACGACAGUAAGCGUGAGGAGGCCUUGUCCUACACAACCAGUGUGGCGAUUCUGGUCCUCGUCCUCAUCAAUGCCAGCAUCACGUCCUACACCGAGCACCAGGCAGGCAAUGCGCUGGAUGCCUUGGCGAAGCUCUCGCAAGCCGAGGUCUCGGUGCUGCGCGACGGCAGACCUGUUCGCCUCCCGACAGUAGAGGUGGUCCGCGGGGACGUCGUCGUUCUGGAGACAGGUGACGUGGUUCCGGCGGACUUGAGGCUUCUGUCGACAAGUGACCUGAAAGUCGACGAGAAGGCUCUUACCGGCGAGCCUGAGGACGUGCUCAAGAACACCAAGAUCAAGGAGCAGACGAAGCUGACACCUGAGAACAUGGCUUUCUCGGGAUGUCCCGUCGCGAGCGGGCGAUGCACCGGCGUGGUAGUGGCGACCGGUAUGGACACGCGGAUCGGCGAAAUCGCCCAAAUGAUGGCGAAGGAGGAUGAUGAAGCGGGAAGAUGCAGCUGUGGCUCAACCGGCAGCAAGACCCCGCUCCAGGAGAACGUGGAGAGGCUGGGUGCUCGUAUUGGCAUGGCUGCGAUCGUCAUGGCCUCCGCCGUCUUCAUCGCAGGUGUGGGCAUCGGUACGAAGGAUCCGGAGUUUCCGGACAGCCCGAGCUGGAUGUACAUGAUCCUGGUAGCGGUGACAUUGGCGGUGGCUGGAAUUCCCGAGGGCAUUCCGCUGUGCAUGACCAUCUCCCUGGCUAUCGGCUGCCAAGAAAUGGUCAGGAAGAACGUGCAGGUGCGGAAGAUCGCGGCCGUGGAGACCCUGGGAUCCGCUUCGGUGAUCUGCAGCGACAAGACGGGAACCCUCACCGAGGGGAAGAUGACCAUGACCAACAUGUGGUCCUGCGGCGUGGGCUACAGCGUCACUGGCCAGGGUUUCGAUCCAACGAUUGGUCGCAUUGACAGGGAGGGGCAUCCGGGUACGGCCUGCCACACCGACCUCGGGGUGCGCAGUACCCUCCUCGCCGCGGUUCUGUGCAGCGACACAGAGCUCUUCCUAGCCACGGAUCCCGAGACGGGGGUGCAGGCCUGGCAGUACCGCGGCAAUUCUUCGGAGGCGCCUUUGGUGGUGGCCGCCCAGAAGGCCGGCGUAGGUGACCUAGCGGGUCAAUACCGGCGGCUGCUAAACAUACCGUUCUCCUCGGCGAGAAAGAUGAUGCUGACGGUCAGCGACAUGAGCGGGAGGCGCGAGCUCUGCGAGAACGGCUUGCAGCUACCCGAAGGCACCGUGGCACUCACCGUCUGCAAGGGAGCGCCAAACUGGGUCCUGGAGAGCUGCAGCAAUGUCGUCGGCCCCAGCGGCGAGGUUUUGCCGCUGUGCCAGGAGGAGCGGCUCCGGGUCUCUGCCGUGGUGGAUCGCUACUCGGACGAGGCUCUCCGUGUCCUCGCCGUGGCCGUGGGCUUCGUACCUGCCGGCUCGGCCCUGGACGAAGAGCUGACUGCGGAUGAGAAGUUUGACAGGUUCGGCAAGGAGCUGGUACUCCUGGGACUCGUAGCCUCUUUGGAUCCUGACCGCGAGGGUGUGAGGGACUCCGUCGUCGCCGCCCGGGGGGCGGGCAUUCGCGUGGUCAUGAUCACCGGCGACUACCUGAAAACGGCCGUGGCCAUCGCCAGGCGCGUCGAGAUCCUGCAGCCAGAGGACAGCUUGGUUGGGUCUGCUGUAGACUGUGGCGCGUUGCGACCUUACGUGGACGAGGAGUAUCUGCCAGACGACGAGAUGGAUGCCCUGACGUCUUCCGUGCGUGUCUUCGCUCGGGCGAAGCCGGCGGACAAGCUGCAGAUCGUGAAGUCCUUGCAGCGCCAGGGCAUGGUCUGCGCGAUGACCGGUGAUGGUGUCAACGAUGCUCCGGCCCUCCACGAGGCCCGCAUUGGUGUGGCCAUGGGCCUGCAGGGUACCGAGGUGGCCAAAGGCGCUUCGGAGAUGAUCCUGACGGACGACAACUUCACCUCCAUUGUGCGUGCCGUCGAGAAGGGCCGCUCCAUUUACGCCGGAAUCCAGAAGCUAGUUUCCUUCGUGAUGUCGGUGCACGUUGCCGAAGUGAUCCAGAUCUUCUUCUGCGUGGUGGCGGACAUCCCGCUGAUGCGAACGCCCAUGCAGAUCCUCUUCCUGAUCGUGGUGACGGACUUGCCCCCGUCCAUCGCACUGGGGAUGGAGCCGGCAGAGAAGGACAUCUUGGCGCAGCCCCCGAGGGCUCGGGACGAGCCCAUCGUGCUGGGCUGGAUGUGGCUCAGUAUUUGCAUGAAUGGCUUGGUUUUGGCAACUGUCAUCAUUGCCAUCUACCUCAUCUCCCUUCAUCGCUUUGCGGGGGCAAUCUUCCUGAGAGACAUCUUCAGCCAUGUGGAGGCCGAUGAGACGAAGUCAGUGGACGGGGCUUUGGCGCAGGCGCGGACGGUGGCGUUCAUCGCCCUGGUCCUCAGCGAGAAUGUUCGUGCUUAUAUCUGCCGCUCCUUCACCGCUCCCGUAUGGGUCGGCCUCUGCCAAAACCGCGUGAUGCUGCGGGCGGUCCUGGUCGCCCAGGCGGCCAUGCUCUGUGCUGUGCUGGUGCCUUUCCUUUCGGACCAGGUUCUUGGUUUGUCCGGCGGCGAUAUUGGAGUAUUUGGCUGGGCCCUCGCCUGCAUCGGCCCUGCAGCGGCCGGAGCUGCAACUACGUGGGACACUGAAUGUUUGAGACUAGUAUGCUGCAAUGUUCCCUAA